AUGCUCAUCCAUAUCACUCUUCUCAUGAUUAGGACCGCUAGUAUUUGCUUCCAGCAAAGUAUGCAGCCGCCGGAUGACAAUGAAUAUCCACACUUCCCUGGCCAGCUUCAAGACAGGUUCUCGUUGUCAGACUAUGCAGAUAGAAAUCCGAAUUUAAACGAUCAACUUGAAGCAGAUGAUGAGGGGGACCCACUUUCAAGGUUCCUCUGUAUGACCGACCCACAAUAUGCAAUGACUACAAGUAGUCUAAAAUCGCUAACGUCCGAGAUGGAUGCUCCACCCCCCACGCCAUCAUCUAGCACACUUGAACCACUUGACGCUGGUGAUGGUGUCUAUCCAUAUGCAACAACUAAUAGUCUACAAUUGCUCACGUCCGAGAUGGAUGCUCCACCCCCCGCGCCGUCAUCUAGCACCAGCAAACCACUUGAUGCCGGUGAUGACGUCUACCCUGUAAUCCCUUACUCUGCGCAACUCGACUCUUUAUACAACCCGCCAGUUCCCCAGAUGCUGGCAGGGUCGUCACAGCAUCCUGAGAGAAAUCAUCGCCCUCGACCCUCCUUCACGCCAUAUUUCAUACCUGAACCCAGGGUCCUUCGGCCACCUGAGCCAACAGCUACGAUGGCUGCCCUUGCUAUCCCAUCCACGAUUGCUGCCCCUGUUGCUUCACGGCCAAGCACACUGGUCCCUUUGUCACUCAAGUUUGUUGCUAUGCAGCCAGCAAUUACUGCUAGCGGAGUUGCACCAGCGGCCCCUGCCAUCUUUCCUGGUCCUGCUGCUGUGCAGCCAACUACACCAGCCCUCAUUAACGUCAAUUCCCUUGUCAAAAAACAGAUCCUCAAUUCUGCAAAAAGAAGAAUCUUACGAUUCUUCUUGACGGCAUCUGCAAUGGCCGGUACUGAUGGUGAGAGGGCGGCGCUUGUUUCUCUCGCGAUUUCAGAGUCGUCUUCCAUGCCAGGUAUGAAUGUUACAAUCCGAACGACAAGUAGUGAACAGUCCAAUCUCCAACCAGUCCAAUUUCGGGGUCGUGUCAUAACCGCAUUGCUUAACGACACUCGUAACCCGUUGGCCUUCAUGAAUAGGUUUACGGUCGACGCAAGCGGGCAUGUCACCAUACUUGACGGGGUUCUCGACAAUCCCCUGAUUUUUCAUGUUGCCGUUCAAUUCAUAUGGUGUAGCGACCUCGGUAUCUCACAAUUCCUCUCCACCUCGGCGUUACAUCGACAUCAACAACUCAACUACGCCUUUGGUGCUAUUGGUGCAGCUGUGAAAUUAGCGCUGCGGGAGCAGAUUCCCCAUCCACCAGUCAUCCUGCCAUUCACGCAACACGAAGGGAGUGAGACAUUCGAGGACAUUGUGCGCUACAUUGGCAACAUGGACGGUGUCCAGAGAAUUGUGUUCGACUAUCGGAAAUCUCAUAUGUUAUGCAUUGGGGACUUGCAGGUUCGAUCGACUAAUGUAUUAGCUCAACUCGACAUGAUGAUGAUGGCUGGGGUGCAGUAG